GAGUGGGUACGAGUUAAACGCUCUCGAGCGCUCGCACGAGCGUAGCCGUAGUUAGUCCGUCAGAAACUAUCGUGGCGUGCGGAUCGUGUUUUGCUCUGUCUCCGGAGCAAAACACACUUACGCGGCGUUUGACAAGUUGAUUGAAACCUCGAAAAAUUCUGUCGAUUCGUGCACGCGGAAAGUGAGAUUUAACACGAAGUGAAUAGACAUUUGAAGGAUAAUUGAAAACACGAGUUCGAAAAUCUCGUUUGGAACUUGGCCAAGUUUAUCCAAGUGUUUUAUCGCGAGGGAGUUCGUUGAACUUUUCACUCGAACAAUUGUUGUGGCUUUUUUCUCGCCGGUAAACGCGGCUUUUUCCAACUUUUCCAAGCCGCCUCGAUACCAUCAACCGCGAACGAACGUUCUGAACUUUAAAAUACGAAAGUAACGCCCGAGGCAAAAAAUCUCUCACGCGAUAAAUUUAUUUUCCUGUGCACAUCUCUUUUUCAUUCACUUUUUCUCAACGAGCCUUUUUCCUUUUGUCGUCGUCUCGUGGAUAUAUAAUAAUACGUGCGUGUUUUAAAUAUGGUGCGGGGUUUGUCGCAAUGGACGAAGACCCUGAGCUUUCCAGCGAGGGUCUCCCCACAACGACCUGCCAAAGAGUCUAAGGGCUUUCACGUCAGCCCCAGCUCUAGUCCGACCUCGCCUCCUAGUCCCAUCAAUGAUAACAUGGACAAAACACCAAUUAUCACGGAUACCGAGAAUUUCGGGGAUUUGGAGGCUGAGAAAGCGAUCAUGGGCUCCAUUGUUUUUUGCAUCCAUCACAAAGACGGCUGCAAAUGGUCCGACGAGCUGAGGAAACUCAAGGCUCACUUGAACACGUGCAAACACGAUGCGGUGCCUUGCACGAACAAGUGCGGGGCCAUGAUUCCUCGCGUUUUGAUGGAAGAUCAUCUCAAAUACACGUGUGCACAAAGACGAGCACGCUGUGACUUUUGCGCCAAAGAAUUCACCGGUCACACUCUCGAGAAACACACUGGAACUUGCGGUUACGAGCCACUAUACUGCGAAAACAAAUGCGGGAUGAAGGUACAGAGAAGACAUUUGGGCCAGCACAAAUUAGGCGAAUGCGCGAAAAGACUCGUCGCCUGUCGUUAUUGCAACAAAGAAUUCGUCUUCGACACCCUCGGAGCCCACCACGCCAAGUGUGGACGCUUUCCUGUCGCUUGUCCACAUCGGUGCGAAACCGCCGUCCUACCGAGAGAAGACCUCGAAAUUCAUCUCAAGGACCAUUGCACCACGCAUCUUUUGUCCUGUACCUUCAAAGAUGCCGGUUGUCGAUUCAAGGGCAAUCGAUUUUCGCUGGACAAACACGUCGAAGAAUCUGCCAAAAUGCAUCUUAGCCUAAUGUGUAGCGUCGUGACGAAACAGCAACAUCAAAUCACCAGUCUCAAGUCAGCCAUGAGCAAAUUAUCGUUGAAUUAUACCGGAACCCUCAUCUGGAAAAUCAACGAUUACACGGUGAAAAUGGCAGAGGCUAAAGCCAAGGAAGGCAUGGAACUUGUCAGCCCACCCUUCUAUACUAGUCAAUAUGGGUACAAACUUCAGGCCUCGAUAUUCCUCAACGGAAAUGGAACGGGCGAAGGAAGCCACUUGUCGAUAUACAUAAAGAUCUUACCCGGAGAAUACGAUGCGCUACUGCGUUGGCCUUUUUCACACAGCGUGUCAUUCACGAUGUUCGAUCAGACGGUUCAAGCAGAGAAGGCGUGCAACAUCGUCGAGAGUUUCAUCCCUGAUCCAACGUGGAAAAAUUUUCAACGACCUUCCCGCGAGCCCGAUUCCCUUGGUUUUGGAUUCCCGAGAUUCGUCUCCCACGAAAUGGUGAAAAAACGACAUUUCGUCAAGGACGACACGAUGUUUAUAAGAGUCAAAGUCGAUCCGAGCAAAAUUGUUGCGGUUUAACGAAUUUUUGUCUCUUCGAACUGUAAUUAUGAUAAAAUUUUUUGCAAAUAACAGAAGGAAAAUUGAACGAACGAACCGUGCCGAAAUUUCAGCAUUUCGGAAUCUAAAAAGUUGUAAAAAUUCUUCAAUUCAUCGUAACAGAAGGCAAAUCAGCGUUGUUAAAUCAAUUUCGAUGUCGGAAAAACAAAUGAAAAUAUUAUAUUCAAUAGGAAUUUACAACGGGAAAACAAAAACCAAACGACGAAGAAAUUUUUGCUUCGAGAUCCACCGAUCGAAUGUAAAUACAACAGGACAAGGUAGAAAAAAAAUCGAAUGAAAAAACUAAACGAGGUGUGGCAUUUAACAGGAGAAUAGACUCGAAUAGUUUGUACGAUUGUAAAUAGUUUUUAUCUACAUAGUUUUUAUAUAAACAUUUAUAUAUAUUUUAGAUUUGUAAGGAGAAAAUGUGAUUGAGAUGCUAGUGACAGUAUGUAAAACGAUCCAUAAAAGUUUCUUUGUUUACGGAUUAUCAAAAUAAAAUGAAAAUAUAAGUGCAUUUGCGAUGAAAAAUAAAA